UGGUUGCCUUUGCGGACCUGGCGGCGGCGACCGUGGGAGCUCAUGGAGCUUUCAAGAAACUCCUCCGAUGGGACCAGGAGGUGGACGCGCCUGGGCCGUUGCCGGCAUUUCUUUUGGCUGGGCGUGGUCUUCGACACGGUGGGCCUGACAGUGCUGUUCACCGGGGUCUUCGCUGACCUGCUGUUCUACGACCUGCUGCUCUACCUGGGUUCCAUCAUCAUCUUCUUCAGCCUCCUCUGGUGGGUCUUCUGGUACACCGGCAACAUCGAGCUGAGCGCCGAGGACGCCCUGAAGAGGCCCUUCCCCGUGCCCUCCUCCACCGUGGUGGAAGCCCUCAGCCAGGGCGUGGGCCACCGCCUAUCCUUCACCGUCUGCAGCGUCUCCACCACCCUUCUGCGGAUCCGGCGGCGGCGGCGCCCCAGGAGGGUCGUUCAGAGGACGGCUUCUCUGAGUAUGACCGUCACGGACCAGGUGGAAAGACAGCUGGAAAAGGAGGCCCAGGACAAAGACGGAAUGAGAAGUGUCCAGGAGAGCGGCGCCGCCCAGGAUGUUUGCAGAGGGGAUCUGGGCCCCAAAGCUGAAACUGUCGAAGGUUCCGAGGCAGUUCGCCCCCCAGGGCCUGAUGCUGGUCCUCUGGACCCCGAGGCUGGGCUGCCAAGAUUUGUUAAACGACCAUCUGCGCAUCUGGUGCAGCCUGAGUUCUCUCUGCCUCCUCUGGACCAGGCUCCGCCUCCAGCCAUCCUCCCGUCCGAGAGCCUGCCCGUAGUUCCCUUGGCCUCUACUUGCCAGCCUCUGGCUAUUCUUACUUCGAAGAGCCAUUCUGUCCUUUCCUGGGCCUCUGUGAGCCAGCCUCCAGUCACUCUUGCCUCUGCAAGCCAGCCUGCUGUCCCCUUGGCCUCUACCAGUCAGCUUCCACUCAUCCUUGCCUCCCAGAGCCUAUCUGCUGUCCCCUUGUCCUCUACGAGUCAGACUCUGGUGCCUGUAGCCUCUCAGAGCCACCCCCUGGUGCCUCCGCCUGCACAGAGCCGCCUCCCAGUCCCACUAGCCUCCCAGAGCCAGCUCCAGAAUGUUUCUUGGGACUCUCAAACUCAGCCUGUACAGGCUUCCCAAGCCCAGGCUGGGGCCACCCCACUCCCUCUGAUCCAGCUUCUGCCAGCUCAGCCUUUUCAGACCCAACCUAUGGACCUGUGGGCCGCUCCUGCUGUCCCGGACUUGCAGGCUCUAUAUCCCACCCAGCAGGGCCCCCACAGCAGCUCUUUGGUCCAAGAGAUUGCUCCAGGCCAGGCUGCAUCUACAGAGGAAUUUCGUAAGCAGCCAGUUGCUCAGGCUUUCGAGACUCCGCCGCCAGCGGGCCAGGAGCUAAGUCGGGAUCUCCUUGACACUGCGUCCCCACUCCCUGAGCCCCCAGCUCCAGCCACUCAGGCCCAGCACUCAGUACCCUCCGAGAGUGCACCCGCCCCAGCCUCGGAGAAGAAAAGUCCUGCUCUCUAGCACAGAACCAGACCCCAACCGUCCGAGUGGCUGCUCAGGCCUCUGCCAAAACUCACCAGCGUUUCUGCAGAUUUAAGUGCCAACUUUAUAAAAGCACAAAUACUUACCUUAAUCUCAUUUGGGAAACCUCCAUCUGGAGUCCUGACUGUUUUCAGACCAACAGACGUACUAGACUGCCUCUGCCAAGUAUACGUGUUUCAGUGUUGAGGAGAGGCUUCCAGCUUCACAUAAUAGUUAUUUAUUGCCAGCAUUGCAAGCCAUAAUAAACUAUGCAAUUCCAAUGAACUUUGUUUUAGAAUAAGUUGGUUUUUUAAAUAGACUUCUCAUGUGAAAGCAUUCCAAAUGGAAAAUAAUGUCUCUAAUACUCUGGGUGAAGAUGUAAGUACAAUUCCCACAAGAAUGGACAUUGAAAAAUGCAACUCCUUGUAUUUAAGGAUACUUUGUAACCUCAUUAGCUAUCAGAAAGGUCAACACAAUCAAUACAUUAUAACAUACUACAAUUUAUAUUUAUAUGUUUAUUUGAUUUAAGUAACAUAUGAGUUUCCCUUUUUCCCAAGGAUUUAAAAUAUGAUUUGAUUGUGUAUUUUAAUGAUAAUCAAAUAAAAUUCUUUUGGGACUGUG